CUCCCCUGCCGCCGCUCCGCCAGCAGCCAGUCGGGCCUGAGACCCGCGCCCGGUUGCGGGGCCUGCGCUGAGCGCCGGUGGAGGGCGGGCAGGGGAGAGCAGCAAGGAGGAGCAGCGGAGACCGAGACCGAGACCUCCGCGUCACAUGAGCUGACAGGACCCGCUCCCGUUCCCGUUCCCGUUCCCCUCCGCGCAACAAAGACUCGGGAGCUCCUGUGCCCGCCGCGGGACGGGGCGGGGCGGGGCGGGACGGGGCUGCCAUGGGACCCUGAGGGCCGCCGGCCCGCACAGGAUUCUACCCAUUGAUGAUUGAAGCAACGCCUGGAGUUUUGGAAUGGAUCAGAUGCAUCAAUCAAGUGUUACCACAUUGCACCCAAAGAGAGGAAUGCCAUCCAGCUGGGGGAGGGCUUUCGAGCUACCGCUCUGCUGCUGAACAGCAUGCAGUCCUUUCGGGAGCAAAGUAGUUAUCACGGAAACCAGCAGAGCUACCCGCAGGAAGUGCACACUUCAUCCCGACUGGAAGAGUUCAGCCCCCGCCAGCAGGCCCAGAUGUUCCAGAGCUUUGGAGGAGGUGCUGGCAGUGGACGUCGUGGAGCAACAGGAGCCUCUACAGCAAUGCCUGGUGAGAGCUCUGGCCAUCAGAGCUACCAAGGUUUCAGGAAAGAAGCAGGAGAGUUUUACUAUAUGGCUGCCAACAAAGAUCCAGUGGUGUCAGGAGGGCAGCAGCCGCCUCAGCGCAGGCCUUCUGGACCAGUACAGAGCUAUGGGCCCCCUCAAGGGAGUAGCUUUGGGAGUCAGUAUGGGAGUGAGGGACAUGUGGGCCAGUUCCAAACACAGCACUCGACCCUUGGGGGUGUAUCCCACUAUCAACAGGAUUAUACUGGUCCUUUUUCUCCAGGGAGUGCCCAGUAUCAGCAGCAGGCUUCUAGCCAGCAGCAGCAGGUGCAGCAGCUGAGACAGCAGAUCUAUCAAUCUCAUCAGCCUUUACCCCAGGCUUCCAGCCAGUCUGCUUCUAGCACCUCACACUUGCAGCCAAUGCAGCGUCCAUCCACCCUGCCUUCCUCUGCUUCAGGCUACCAGUUACGAGUGGGUCAGUUCAGCCAACACUAUCAGCCACCUUCGUCAUCCUCCUCCUCCUCUUUCCCUUCCCCACAGCGUUUUGGCCAGUCAGGACAGAAUUAUGACGGAAGCUACAAUGUGAAUUCUGGGUCGCAGUAUGAAGGCCAUGCUGUGGGUUCCAAUGCACAGGCCUAUGGGACCCAGUCAAACUACAGCUUUCAGACUCAACCGAUGAAAAGCUUUGAGCAGUCUAAGCUGCCCCAAAGUGGGCAGCAGGGGCAGCAGCAGCAGCACCCACCUCAGCACGUAAUGCAGUAUUCAAAUGCUGCCACCAAACUCUCUCUUCAAAGUCAAGUGGGACAGUACAGCCAGACUGAAGUUCCUGUAAGGUCACCAAUGCAGUUCCACCAAAACUUCAGUCCAAUCUCUAAUCCAUCUCCUGCUGCAUCUGUGGUUCAGUCUCCAAGCUGCAGCUCUACCCCUUCUCCACUCAUGCCAGGCGGAGAAAAUCUCCAGUGUGGGCAAGGCAACAUGUCCAUGGGUUCUAGAAACCGAAUCCUGCAGAUGAUGCCUCAGCUUAGUCCUACACCAUCUAUGAUGCCAAGCCCCAAUGCUCAUGCAGGUGGAUUCAAGGGGUUUGGACUGGAAGGGCUGCAGGAAAAAAGGCUCACAGAUCCAGGACUGAGCAGCCUGAGUGCUCUCAGUUCUCAAGUGGCGAAUCUGCCCAAUACAGUCCAGCACAUGUUGCUCUCGGAUGCCUUGGCACCUCAGAAAAAAAGUUCCAAAAGAUCAUCCUCUUCCAAGAAGGCCGACAGCUGCACCAACUCAGAAGGCUCCUCCCAGGCAGAGGAGCAACUCAAGUCUCCCCUGGCAGAGUCACUGGAUGGUGGCUGUUCCAGUAGUUCAGAGGAUCAUGGGGAAAGGGUGAGACAGCUAAGUGGCCAGAGCACCAGCUCAGACACCACUUACAAAGGGGGUAAUUUAGAGAGGCCCAACUCCUCACCAGCACAAGGCUCUCAGAAUGAGCCAUCAAAACUCAGCAGCAGUCCUGCAGCUAGGGAAGAUGUGGCCUCCCCUGAUGGGAAGGAAGCUGUGGUGGCUGUGGAAAAUGCCCCAAAAGUGAAUGAAAAGGCAGUUGGGGUGAUUGUCUCUCGGGAAGCCAUGACAGGAAGAGUAGAAAAGUCAGGUGGACAAGAUAAACCUGCCCAAGAUGAUGCUUCCACAACCCCUCAGGCACCAGCUAGCACUAGUGGAGCAAAAGAAGCUGGGCAUGCAGGGACACAGCAAGAAACUCAAGGAGGAAGUAAAGGGAGCAAAAGUGGCGAUAACACUAACCAUAAUGGAGACGGGAACAGCCAGCCUGGUCAUGCAGUUGUUGGGCCAAAUUUUCCUGCAAGAACAGAAUCUUCCAAGUCCCCUGGCAGUUUAAGAUACAGCUACAAGGAUAAUAUAGCACCUGGUAUACAGAGAAAUAUUGGUGGCUUUCCACAGUAUCCUUCUGGUCAAGAAAAGGGGGAUUUCCCUGGGCAUAGUGAGCGCAAAGGCCGUAAUGAGAAGUUUCCUAGCCUCCUACAGGAGGUUUUACAGGGCUACCACCAUCAUCCAGACAGAAGGUACUCUAGGAAUGCACAGGAGCAUUCUGGGAUGGCUGGGAGUUUGGAGGGAGCCAUGAGGCCAAAUGUUUUAAUUAGUCAAACCAAUGAAUUGACCAAUAGAGGCCUCUUAAACAAAAGCAUGGGGUCCCUCCUGGAAGGCCCUCACUGGGGUCCCUGGGAUAGGAAGUCUAGCAGUGCAGCUCCAGACAUGAAGCAGAUAAAUUUAGCUGAUUACCCUAUUGCUAGAAAGUUCGAUGUGGAGUCUCAGUCUGCUGCCCAUGAGGGGGGGGCGCUCUCAGAGAGGAGAUCAGUGAUCUGUGACAUAUCUCCAUUAAGGCAACUUGUAAGAGAUCCUGGCCCUCACCCCAUGGGGCACAUGGGUCCUGAGGCCAGAAGUGGAAGGAGUGAACGUCUUGCCCCCGGCUUGAGCCAGUCAGUAAUACUCCCUGGUGGUUUAGUAUCCAUGGAAACAAAGAUGAAAGCUCACAGUGGGCAAAUAAAGGAAGAAGAUUUUGAACAGUCUAAAAGCUCAGCUAGUCUCAAUAAUAAAAAAACAGGAGACCAUUGUCAUCCCGCUGGCAUCAAGCAUGAAUCUUUUCGAGGCAAUGCCAGCCCUGGAGCUGCAGUCUCCGAUGCUGCUCCAGACUACAUGCCCCAGCAGGACAGCAGAUCGACACAAAUGAGACGAGCGCCUGGCAGAACUGGAAGGGGUAAAUCACCCUCUCAAUAUCAGGAUCUUGCUGAUAAGCUUAAAAUGUCACCAGGCAGAAGCAGAGGCCCAGGGGCAGAUCUGCAUCACAUGAACCCACACAUGACACUAUCUGAAAGAGUUAGCAGGGGUUCCUUGCAUUCUGUCUACCCUCAGAAUUCGGAAGGUCCAUCUCUGGCUUCAGCAUAUCACACAAAUGCUAGGCCUCAUGCUUUUGGUGACCCCAACCAGAGUUUGAAUUCCCAGUAUCAUUACAAGAGACAGAUAUACCAGCAACAGCAAGAAGAAUACAAAGAUUGGGCAAGCAGCACUGCUCAGGGUGUGAUUGCUGCAGCUCAGCACAGGCAGGAAGGAGCAAGGAAGAGCCCGAGACAGCAGCAGUUUCUGGAAAGAGUAAGGAGUCCCUUAAAAAAUGACAAGGAUGGAAUGAUGUACCUUCAAGGUGGCUCUUAUCAUGAUACUGGAAGCCAGGAAGCUGGGCGCUGUGUCAUGGGGAGCGACAGUACUCAGAGCAAAUGCACUGAACUGAAACACGGCAACCAGAAGUUGCAGCAUCAUGAAUCUGGUUGGGACCUCUCUCGGCAAACUUCUCCUGCCAAAAGCAGCGGCCCUCUUGGAGCAGCCAACCAAAAAAGGUUUUGCCCUCAAGAAAGUGAUGGGCAUCGACGAGAGGAAUCUACAGAUUUGCCCAAGCCUAGUAAUGCUAUGCUUAGGCUCCCUGGCCAGGAAGACCAGUCUCCUCAAAACCCAUUAAUUAUGAGGAGGAGGGUCCGUUCUUUCAUCUCGCCUAUCCCUACCAAAAGACAGCCACAUGAUAUGAAGAACAGUGGCAGUGAAGAUAAAGGGCGACUGAUGACUUCAGCAAAAGAAGGAGCCGAUAAAACAUACAACUCCUAUGCCCAUUCAUCUCAAAGCCAAGAUGCUGGCAAGUCAGUUGCAAAGGGAGAUUCUUUCAAGGACCUGCCAAGUCCUGAUAAUAGGAAUUGCCCUGCUGUUUCCCUCACAAGCCCGGCAAAGACCAAAAUAUUGCCCCCAAGAAAGGGACGAGGAUUAAAACUGGAAGCUAUUGUUCAAAAAAUUACGUCUCCCAAUAUUAGGAGAAGUGUUUCUACCAACAGUGCUGAAACUGGUCCAGAUACUGUCACUCUUGAUGACAUCCUGUCCCUCAAGAGUGGACCUGAAGGAGGAAAUGUGGCUGGACAUGGACCAGAGGCUGAGAAGAGAAAAGGAGAGAUGUCAGAUCAAGUGGGGCCAGCAAGCCAGGAUACAACUGGUGAAAAAACUGUUCCAAGAUCUUCAGAAGAGUGGCAAAGCAGUGAGGAUGAUAAAAAUAAAAAAGAGGUCCCUGAAACAACCAGUGGUGGUAAAGAAGGAGCAGGAUCCAGUGCAGCACCACCACCUUCUCAGAAGUCAGGUGGUCAGGGAAGGUCUGAUGGAUCUGUAAGUGGAGCUGGAACUCUCACCUUUUCUGACUCAAAAACAAUUUCCCCUUCCAGUGUGUUCAUUUCUGAACCAAAUCCAAAGUCUGAGGAAAAAGAUGGAGAUGUGACAAACAUUUCACCCAAGCCAGAUGGUUUCCCUCCAAAGGGAUAUUUCCCCUCUGGAAAGAAAAAGGGGAGACCAAUUGGGAGCGUGAACAAGCAGAAGAAGCAGCAGCAGCAACAGCAGCAGCUGCCUGUGCCCCCGCCUCCCCCACCAGUGCCAUCACAGCCUGCAGAAGGGGUGGGUGCUGGUGAGCCAAAGCCCAAGAGGCAAAGGAGGGAGAGGCGAAAACCUGCAGCACAGCCACGGAAGCGGAAGCCUAGACGGGCUGCUCCAAUCGUGGAGCCUCAAGAACCAGAGAUCAAACUUAAAUAUGCUACCCAGUCUGUAGAUAAAACUGACUCCAAGAAUAAGUCUUUUUUCCCUUAUAUUCAUGUGGUAAACAAGUGUGAAUUAGGCGCUGUGUGCACAAUCAUAAAUGCAGAGGAAGAGGAGCAGAACAAAUUGGUGAGGGGUCGGAAAGGACAGAGAUCUUCAACACCCCCUCCUAGCAAUGCGGAGAGCAAAGUGCUGCCCACCUCAACUUUCAUGCUGCAAGGCCCUGUAGUAACAGAGUCUUCUGUCUUGGGGCAUCUGGUUUGCUGCCUGUGUGGCAAAUGGGCCAGCUAUCGUAACAUGGGUGACCUCUUUGGUCCUUUCUACCCCCAGGAUUAUGCAGCUACCUUGCCCAAGAACCCACCUCCAAAGAGGGCCACAGAAAUGCAGAGCAAGGUCAAGGUACGGCACAAAAGUGCUUCUAAUGGUUCCAAGACAGAUACUGAAGAGGAGGAGGAACAGCAAGAACAGAAGGAACAAAGAAGCCUGGCUGCUCAUCCUCGCUUUAAGAGGCGGCACCGCUCUGAGGACUGUAGCGGAGCUUCUCGGUCACUUUCAAGGGGAGCUUCUUGUAAAAAAGCAACCACUGAUGGUGGCAGUGGUGGUGAAAAGACUCCUUUGGACUCAAAACCAUCUAUGCCCACUUCAGAAGGUGGCACUGAGCUGGAGUUACAAAUUCCUGAACUACCUCUUGACAGCAAUGAAUUUUGGGUCCAUGAGGGUUGUAUUCUCUGGGCCAAUGGGAUCUACCUGGUCUGUGGCAGGCUCUAUGGGCUGCAGGAAGCUGUGGAGAUUGCAAGAGAGAUGAAAUGUUCCCAUUGCCAGGAACCAGGAGCCACCUUAGGCUGCUACAACAAAGGCUGCUCCUUCCGAUACCAUUACCCAUGUGCCAUCGAUGCAGAUUGUUUACUAAACGAAGAGAAUUUCUCAGUGAGGUGCCCCAAGCACAAGCCCCUCCUUCCUUGCUCUCUUCCCUCCUUGCAGAACAAGAUGGUGAAAGGCAGCCUCAGCACAGAGCAGUCGGAGCGGGGGUGAGGGGGGAAGUGUACUCCUGGGAAUGGAUAUAAAAGCAAGCACAGGUUAGGCUGUUGAGAUAAAAAGCGGUGGACAUUCGUGACUGAAUGGAAUCUCUCCCACUGUGCAGCCAUGCCCCCUCUCGACGUGCCUGCCAAUGCCAGCACUUCCUUCAUAAAUUCUUACAUCACACUCAAGACUGAUGACAUCACAGAAUCUGACCAAGGAGUCUGAACCAGCUGUUUCCAUGGACACAAUCUCCAUAGUGACAGUGGGGAGGGGAGGGGGAAAAAGGAAACAGGUGGGGGGAAUUAAAGAGGGAGGGAUAAAUAUAUAUAUAUAUAUAAAGAUCUAUUUUUUAGUCUUGAAAGACUUUGUUUUAAAUGAAAGGUGCGCUAUAUCCCUUUUGAUGCUUUUGAUUAAAAUUUUAAAAACCCCAUAUAAAUUAAAAAAGAAACCUAUAGCUAAAGUAAAUAUUAAAUUCAAAAUUAAAGCAAGGCAUGUGGAGCCUAACAUUUUGUGGGAAAGAAGAGCAAAACUGGGAGUACUCCAAAUAGGACUUGUCUCUGUUCCUCUUGCUUUCUUUCUCACAAUAUCUGAUGAAAUUCAAUUUUAAAAGGCAAAUAAAAUACUGAGAAAUUGUUUGUAAGGUAUGGGAGGAAGGCUUGGAUGGUUGCAGGUGAUGGGGUGACAGUACUUGUGUCUGAGGGGUAGGGAGGUUUCCAUUUUUGAGAAACACUAUUAACAGUGUAAGCUUGACCAACAUCUGCAGACUCUUGGGUCAUGAGACGCAUGAGAUAAGAGGUGGCUGCUGCUUGCUAGGUCCCAUACACCUUGUUGGUGUGGGAACAACUGUACCACACAGGGGAAGGGAGUAUCUGCCCUGUGUGGCAACAAUGUGACCCCCAGAUCAUUCCAAGAAGCUGCCUUCAGUUUGGAAGGCAGGAGAGAGGAAGACCUGGUUUACCUGCCAGAUUGAGGAACGGAAGGAAGUCUGAAUGUUGGUGGAGUCAGUGUAUCUUCAAACUGAUUGGAGUAAAUCCACUUGUUUUUUUUUUUUUUCAUUUUAUGAUUUUGCUUUUCCUAAGAAAGGAAGAGGGAAUGUCAGUGUAACAGCCUACACUAUAUGGUUCUUUGGGGUUGUUCUUUUUUCUUCUUUUUUUCUUUUUUUCUUUUUUUUUUUGGUAAAUUAUGUAAUUUUAAAACAUUUGGGUUUAAGGAACAACAAAAAAAAAUCAUAUUUUUUUCUUGUUAAGGCCUUAAGAAAGGGGUUAGUGCAUCUUUCAGGGGUCACUCUGCCAUGGGAAUAAAAAUAGCUGUUUCACAAACAGUUUUAUAUAAAAAAAGCUUAAAAAAACCAAAAAAACUAAUAAACUUCAUUUUAACCUUGUCUCCUUUUGUUUUGUGCGAACUUGAUUUGUUUAAAAGGACAGAGACAGUACUAUCUGCUGCUUUUUGGUUUCUUUGCCUUCAUCGGUUCUGCCUUCAGUGAUGACCUUCUGAACUGGCCCAGCAAGAGGAAGACCACAAAGGCUUUGAAAAACUAAAGCUUAGGAUUUGUUUGAUGUUCAGAGUUAACGAGCCAAUGACUGGAUGAAUUUUCUGUUCGUGUGAGUUGGUGGUAUUUCACCAGGUCACUGACUUCUUUCACUCAUAGGAUGGUAGCAUAUCCUAGAGAUAUCAAACAGCGUGGUGUUUACUGGGAAGUCACUAGAGAUAGGGAUCUAACCGGCAUGACAUGGAUAAGAAAAAUGGGGUUGAUAUUGUGGGGAGGGAAGAACUAUUUUAAAAGUUAUGUACUGGAUGCUUGCUCAGCUACUCACAUUUUGGAGUAUUCAGCACAUAAAAAUAAAAUCUAUGAUAGCUCAUAUUAAGAUAUCUAUUUUAACUCUAUUUUUAAAAGAUCGAUUUAAAGAUUUGGGAGAUAAUUUGGCAGUUAUUUAUUUCUAGAAGUUGCUACUCUCACUCAUAAAUAUUUGGAAAGAAAGGGCAGCCUUCUGCUUACUCCUUUCCCAGUAGCAGCUACUGAAGUUAGUAUGUCCUUUACAUUAAGAAAUAGACCUGUUGUGAUAAAUGUCACUAAUGUGUCAUGAAUUGGUGCUGAAAAUAUUUAACUGCUGGUGUAGUCAGAAAAAAGUCAUUUUUAGCAUAGUUAAUGUGAUUGAGUAAAUGACUUCUUUUCAACUGAAUAAAAAUGUUUCUUUUUUUCA